CGUUGUCAAAACAAAAUGGCUGACAAGAAACCAUCCAAAACAAAUGUAUUUGACGAUGGCAAACUUGAGAAAAGUGAGACUCCCAUAGAUUUUCUUUACCGAACUGGCAUUACAACGCAGAUAAAAGAUGUUAUGAGGUUACUAAUUGACAGCAGGCCUGAGGAUCCAAUAGCCUUUCUAGCUGAAUAUUUUGAUAAUUUAGCAGAUAUUUCCACGGCUUUAAUAAGAGCACAUCAAAAAAUAUGCUUGGUUCCUUACUCAAGACCUGCUUUUUAUGACAAUCUAAUGGAUGCUUAUGACUUGUUGAGGAACCAGAAAGGAGGAAAUGGACUUAGAGGCCUCACAGGAAAGACAUAUAAUGAUAUGUUAACRCUAUUAAACAGGGAUAUUCCAACCAACGAAGCAGAACUAUUAAUGAAAAGAAUAAUGUGCUAUGAUCAUGAGGUUGUAAGAUUCCAUGUUUUCAGAAGUGGAAUUCUUUCAUCACUAAUUUAUGAAGAAUUUCUAAAGCAAGCUGAGUCUCUCUACCAAGAACUUGAUCUGUAUGAAAGAGGAAAAGCUGAUAAAAGGCUUUGUGMUUUGUGUCUCAAAAAAUUGGAAGAUGCCGUUAAUACAUCCAAUAUAUCAGAUCCUCUAAGUAUCAUCCAGGCCGGUGUGCAUGUGAGUUCCAAGUCAUUUGAAAAAACUGCACUAGAGGUUCUAGCGAAAGGUGAUCACAGCAAAGAAACAAUAGCAAAAGAGGACUUUAUUAAAUCAGCUAGAGAUAUAUUUUUAAAUCAGAUGCCUUCCUUCAAGUGAAAACAAGGAGGUUGCCUGUCAAGGAUAAAAUGUUUUUAUGAAUUAUUUAAUAAAUAAGCAUAUAGUAUUUAUGAAGUGUAUGUUAAUUAUAUGUAAAUUUGUUCAUUAUUGUGUAUAUGCAAUGUUAAUGAACCAUUGAAUGCAAAGAACCACCUGUAAAUAAACAUUUAAAUAUCAUAAACUGGCAAAGAAUCAUUACUAGUGUUUAUAAAAAUAUGUUUCUCWUACCUGUAUUUUGUUAUACUAUUAAAUUUAUGAAAUAAAACAAAAUUUUAUGCCAAAAAAUAUUU